CUAUAAUGGAAGAGGAAUUGCCACAAAGCUUAAAAUUAGAAAAGAAAUGGCAGAUAAGUUGGGAUGCUUUAUCUCAAGAACUAAAGAAAACGAGUCGAAUCGUUGCUCCAAUGGUAGCAGUCACAGUGUUUCAGUACCUCUUGCAAGUUGUAUCGAUCAUAAUGGUUGGACAUCUUGGAAAAUUAGCCCUGUCUAGUGUAGCCAUUGCAACUUCUCUUACUAACGUCACCGGUUUCAGCCUACUUUCAGGGCUAGUUGGUGGUUUGGAGACACUAUGUGGACAAGCUUAUGGAGCUAAGCAAUACCACAAACUCAGUACAUAUACGUAUACUGCUAUAAUCUCUCUGUUUCUUGUAUGCUUACCGAUAUGUGUGUUGUGGUUCUUCAUGGACAAAUUGCUUAUAUUGAUUGGACAAGAUCAUGAAAUCUCAAUUGAAGCGCGGAAGUAUGCAUUAUGGGCAAUCCCUGCUUUGUUUGGUGGUGCAAUUUCUAAACCAUUAGUUAGAUACUUGCAGACACAGAGCUUGAUUCUUCCUAUGCUUCUAUCUUCGUUGGCUGUUUUAUGCUUACACUUGCCGAUAAGUUGGGGUUUCAUAUUUAAAUUGGAGCUAGGAAACAUUGGAGCUGCUAUAGCCUUCAGUGUAUCCACUUGGUUAUAUGUACUAUUUCUUGCAUUACAUGUCAGUUUUUCUAGCUCUUGUGAGAAGACUCGAACGCCUUUCUCCAUGGAUGUCUUCUUAGGUAUCAAAGAAUUCUUCCGUCUAGCUGUCCCUUCUGCUGUCAUGGUUUGCCUCAAAUGGUGGUCACUUGAAGUGCUUACUCUGCUAUCAGGCCUUUUACCAAAUCCAACACUUGAGGCAUCAGUGUUGUCAAUAUGCUUAACAAUUUCCACUUUACACUUCACUAUACCAUAUGGCUUUGGAGCAGCAGCAAGUACUCGUGUUUCGAAUGAAUUGGGAGCUGGGAAUCCUCAACGAGCUCGAAUGGCAGUUCAGGUAGUAAUGUUUCUUGCAGUAAUAGAGACAGUAGUGUUAAGCACAAGUAUGUUCGGAAGCAGAUAUAUAUUAGGAAGAGCAUUCAGCAAUGAAAAGCAAGUUGUGGAUUAUAUUGCUUCUAUGACUCCUCUUUUAUGUCUGUCUAUUAUCACAGACAGUUUACAAGCCGUCAUCUCUGGUAUAGCAAGGGGAAGUGGAUGGCAACAUAUAGGGGCAUACAUAAAUUUAGGGGCAUUUUAUUUGAUAGCAAUACCUUUAGCAGUGGUGUUAGGAUUCACUCUACAUAUGAAAGCAAAGGGUCUUUGGAUUGGAAUAGUGGUUGGUUCUACUAUACAAUCCAUCAUUCUAUCUAUUGUUACAUGUUUUACAGACUGGGAAAAACAGGCAAAGAAGGCAAGAGAAAGGAUACACGAAGGGACAGGUUAAUAAGAAGACCAACAACAA